AUGGUUACCAUUCAUAUACUGGAGGUCCAGUUGGGUGAUCCCGACAGCAAAUAUAUUUCGGAUGGAGAACGUAGUAGUAUACUUUCGAAAUUUGUACAAGAAAAGCUUCUAGGUGAAUUAUGUGUUGAGGAAUGGAAGGAUUGGAGGAAAUGUCUAAGAGAGAAUAGAGAAAAAUGGUUCGGUUCUUGGCGAUGUAGACCCAUGUAUAAAUUAUUCGAUCAAUGCCAGAACAAAUAUCUUUUAAAUCCAGAGGAAGUGAAAAAGUUGGAGGAAGAUUACCUAAAAUUCCGUUCAGAUUAUCGGAAAACUGGUGUAGGCCGCUCAUUUAUGACAAAAGAACGAAUCAGAGAGUUUUGCGAAAUAUAA